CAGCAGGUCUGGGAGAAGGUAGCACGUCUGGUGAACAGGUCAGGGUUCCAUAGCCGCAGGCAGAUGAGUUAAACCAAUAGAUGUAAAGACAAUCAUGCAAGCAACACCAAAACCGCUAUAACUAUCUUCUGUUCACUCUUCAUGUGGGUGUGAGGCCACCGUACGCUACAUAUUUUCCGCAUUCAAAAGCAAGCCCUCAAGAGCGCGCGCAGAAUGCGCACCAGGACUCCGAGAUCAUUUCGCUCGCGGUGAAAUUACAACUAAGCUUGCCUUGCCUUUCAGAGUGGAGAAGAGAAGAAUUCGUCCACCACGAAGUCGUCUCUAUAAUACGUUCAUUCUACUUUUAGAGACUACUGGUAUACGUUUGCAUAAAAAAAAACAGGCCUCUGACUGUGCCAGCUCCAGUGGGUGGCGCUACAUUGGGCCCCUCUCUCUGCCCGCUCAGCACUGAUGGGACAGACAUCCUGGAGGAAUCCUUGACGACCCCUCUGUCUUCCUCCGCCCUCCCUCUUUCUCCUCCUCCUCCUCUUUCAUUAGACUCUCCUCCUCCCCCGGUCUCUUCUCUCAGCGCUGGGAUCAUUACUCAACCCUUCUGAAGAAUGGAACACAGUAGCUGGCAUGGAUAAACUGGGUCUGCCUGCCAAAGCAGAAAGGGAGAAAGAGAGAGUGAAAGAAAAGCGAGCUAGAGCAAAACCUGUGAGCAAAAGAAGAGAGCAACAUAUUAAAAAUGCCCUUAAGGGAGAAGAUCGACAACUGCACUUGAGCAGUAUGAGCUAGAAGACCUGCGCAAACCUGCCCACCUGGAUCUGUGGAUCUGUAAACACACACACACACACGUCUGUCUUACAGUUGCAGCAGAAGAAGGCUCCUACCCUGCCCUACACUUUGGGGUGUUUUCAGCGUUAUUCCCUGCCGUAACAUACCUGUGUGAGGAGGAGUGGACAAAAGUGGAGAGGAAAUUCAGCAACUCUUAGAGGACAGUGGAAGUUGAUAAAAAUGCUUCUUUGUUAAAAACAGCGUGUUUCGGCCCAUAACCUUUAUCAGGGUUUUAGUAGUGAACAGGACACCACCACCAUGCCGGCUAAAAGGAAAUACCUGUUGAAUGAACAGGAGCUGAAACAUGAGGCCCUGUACAGGAAGUUCUCCUGUAUCAGCCAGUACCAGCCUCUGGUGCUGCUACUGGGCCUCUCCAUGCUGUCCUGCGGAGUCCUCAUCAUCCUCUUCUUCGCCCUGCAGCUGAGUGCGGAGGAGCACUGUGCAUUUGUGAGCGUGGUGAGCUGCAGCUUGUGCGUGUUCCUGGCUGUGUUUGUGCUGGUGUGUACAGAGACCCUGACCCAGCGCUGGAGGAGACUGCUGGGCCUGGUGGUCUGGGCCACUCACCUCACCAUGGGAUUCACCUUCAUCUUCAGCGGACCCCUCAUCCUGCCCUGGGACCAGGUUCCCUUCUUCUUGUUCAUCAUCUUCACAGUGUACACCAUGCUGCCUUUCCAGAUGUGCUAUGCUGUGGUGCUCAGUGUGAUCUCCUCACUCUCUCACAUCAUGGUCCUCACUCUACGCCUCACUGUCUUCAACAUGCAAGACCCCAGCCCCUUUCUGGCCAAUCAGCUGCUGUCCAAUGCGGUGGUGUUUCUGUGUGGCAGUGUGGUGGGGGCCUUCCAUAAGGUCCUGAUGGAGAGAACACUAAGACAGACCUUCCAGGAUACACUCCGAUGUCUGGGCAUCCGCAUGAAGCUGGAGAUAGAAAAGAGACAGCAGGAAAACCUGCUGCAGUCUGUGCUGCCGGUCUACAUCUCCAUGAAGAUGAAGCUGGCCAUCAUGGAGCGUCUGCAAGACUGCAAGGACAAAGAAGAGCAGCAACGACUCGUCAAAGACAACAACUUCCACAGUCUCUACGUCAAGAGACACGAGAACGUCAGUAUUCUGUAUGCUGACAUUGUGGGCUUUACCCGAUUGGCCAGCGACUGCUCUCCGAAGCAGCUGGUCAUCAUGCUCAACGAGCUGUUUGGGAAAUUUGACCAGAUUGCAAAGGAGAACGAGUGCAUGAGAAUCAAGAUUUUGGGAGACUGCUACUACUGUGUGUCUGGCCUGCCUGUCUCCCUGCCCAUGCAUGCCAAGAACUGUGUGAAGAUGGGUCUGGACAUGUGUGAGGCCAUCAAACUGGUGCGCGAGGCCACAGGUGUGGACAUUAACAUGAGAGUGGGCGUGCACUCCGGCAACGUGCUCUGCGGUGUGAUUGGCCUCCGCAAGUGGCAGUUUGACGUGUGGUCACAUGACGUCACCCUGGCCAAUUAUAUGGAGUCUGGAGGCUUACCUGGGCGUGUCCACAUCACUGAGGCCACCCUGAAUCACCUGAACAAGGCCUAUGAGGUGGAGGAGGGGAACGGUGGGCUAAGAGAUGCCUACCUGAAGGAGCUCAACAUACAGACAUACCUUGUCAUCGAUCCUCGUUCUAAGGACCAGGCUCUGAACAGCCGCAUUUUGCUUAAGCCACGUGUGAAUGACGGGCUGAAGAUGCGGCCAUCAGUGAGAAUGACCCGUUACCUGGAGUCCUGGGGCGCCGUCAAACCCUUCGCCCACCUACAGAGCAGAGAGGGGUACACCACAGACCCCAUGGUCAAUGUAAAAUCACGCUGCAAGGACAUCCCCCUGCGCACGAAGAUCACUGAGAGCUUUGAUGAGUCUGUAGAGGAGCCCUUCUCCUCGCCCGCCCCUCCGCUCAGCACCUAUAAGAACAAGUCCCAGAAGAGCAAGUUUGAUGAGGAGCUGCACAAUGAGAUGACCACCACCAUCGAUGAGCUCAGCAGCAAGCAGUGGGUGAAGUCUGAGGAGAUUAGCAGUCUGGCUGUGUGGUUCCCUAAGAAAGAGCUGGAGAAACAGUACCGAGCCAUUGAUCUGCCCAUGUUCAAGCACUACAUCGGCUGUGCCACCUUCAUCUUCUUCUGCAUCUUUGUGGUUCAGAUGUUUGUGACAAAAGAUUCCAAAAUGUUGGGCAUUUGGUUUGGAGUGCUGGCCUGUGUCCUCCUGUUGACCCUGGGCAUCUGUUUCGCAGGUCACCUGCAGCGGUUGUUUCCGGAGAAGUUGUCGUCCUGCCAGUGGCUGCCUGCUGUGUCCGAGGCGGUGGUCAGGAGGCCGUGUGUGCGCCUCCCUCUGGUCACUAUCACCACUGCGGUCAUCAUCAUCCUAGCAGUCUUCAACCUGUGCUUCAUCCAGACGAAGUCACCGUGUGAUAUCAAUGGUAACCCUGAUCUGAUUCGGUGGAACAACUCCAGUGAGCAGCAUCUAGACAGCCUGUUCUACCUGCCGUACUCUGUGUUCAGCUGUAUCCUGGCUCUCAUAGCUUGUGGAGUGUUCCUGAGGGUGAGCUUUGAGCUCAAAGUGGUCUUCCUCACCCUGGCCUCCACAGCCUACUACAUCAUCAUCCUCAGCUCCAAGGCUGAUCUCUUCAGCUGCUAUGAACGCAUGCUUUACAACCAACUCAAUAAAAACAGCACUGAGGACUCUGGGACCAUUCUGAGGGCAUUGGGGCUGGUCAAACACCCCGAGGUGAUGAGCUGCAUAUACAUCACCUUGUUCCUGGUCACCAUGCUCAUCAUCUCACAACAGAAUGAGUCAUGCUUCCGCCAGGACUUCCUUCUGAAGAACAAGAACCGUACGGAGCAGGAUGAGAUCGAGACCAGGGAGAACCUGAACCGCCUGCUCCUGGAGAACGUGCUGCCGGCCCAUGUGGCCGCACUGUUUGUCGGGGAGAAUAAAAAGAACGAGGUGGGAUUCCUCACAAACACUUUACUUACUGAGAAGUACAAGGAUCUGUACUACAAGUCAUAUGACUGUGUGUGCGUGAUGUUCGCCUCGGUACCGGACUUCAAAGAGUUCUACACGGAGUGUGACAUCAACAAGGAAGGUCUGGAGUGUCUGAGGCUCCUCAACGAGAUCAUAGCAGACUUCGAUGAGCUUCUGUCCAAACCCAAGUUCAGUGGAGUUGAGAAGAUCAAGACCAUCGGAAGCACUUAUAUGGCGGCCGCAGGGCUGAGUGGCACCCCAGGACAGGAAAAGAACCAGGAUCGAGAUAGGCAGCAGGCACAGAUAGGGAACAUGGUAGAGUUUGCCAUUGCCCUCAUUGGCAAGCUGGACGGCAUCAACAGACACUCCUUCAACAGUUUUAGGCUGCGUGUGGGCAUUAACCAUGGGCCUGUAAUUGCUGGGGUGAUUGGAGCCAGAAAACCUCAGUAUGACAUCUGGGGCAACACUGUCAACGUGGCCAGUAGGAUGGAGAGCACUGGAGAGCUUGCCAAGAUUCAGGUCACAGAGGAGACGUCGGACGUGCUCCAGAAGCUGGGCUACUCCUGUGAGUGCCGAGGCCUCAUCAACAUCAAGGGAAAAGGCGAGCUGACGACUUUCUUUGUGUGCACGGACAUGAGCAAGCAGCAGGGAAUGGGCCUGAGCUGAGGUCUAAGGUGAGCACACUACUGUGUGGACUCUGGGCCUGGAGGCUCAUACGUGUGCUGGGUCGGUCGCAGGACAUCACAGGACACAGUCUAGCAUUCAGCACAGACUAAUUAAACGAAUGCACACAAGUUAACAUUCUUAGAGUAAACCUACCAGAGCACACAACUAUAAUCCAUCUCAGUGCUUCAGUCAGCGAUGAUCCUGACCGGACCAGAACAAGACAUGAGAACAUGACCUUGUGGUCCUAGAGGUUAUAUUUAGGAUUGUUUGUUUCCAGGAAUCCCUUUGGGAUUUUUGGAGAUCCAGUUCAAAUGUGUGCAUUCAAUUGGACUGACAUGGAGGUUACGUAAAGCACUGGUCGUCAUCAUACUGGAUUCUAUCACCUGAUAUUCGUAGAACCUUGCUGGAAUAUUGAGAUGCACAAAAAACAUCUUCAGUCCGCUCUUAAAACUGAGCUGUUUAUCAAGCAAAUGGUGACAAAAACAAUGGAGUGAGUGCUGCUGCAUGUUGAGUGACAGAAGUGUACAUACUCUCCGUCAUGGUUUUCUAGACCUUAAAAGGUAGACUAAGCGAAAUAACGUUGUCACAAGCUGCACCGCAGAUAUUGCGAUGAGUGAGAUGCAAGACGUUCUCUCUCACAGUCAAACAGUAUCUGCACGGAACCAAAACAGCGGAGAAGUUUAACCUUGCGCUUCAACGCUCUGUUGUGGAAAUUGACCCACUAUGCUGUUUACUUUGGGCAUCUACAUCGUAUCGCUGAGUCUACCUUUAACACAGUUUGUGUUCGUUGAACAGUCACCCUUUAAUAAUUUCUUAUUUUUCAGUUUGGCUCAUAUGACCAUGGGACUAAAUGUAAAUAUUGUAGCCAAAUAUCUUGCCUCCUGAAACAGCUGUGAGACCGAUGGACAGUCUGUUCUAUUACUGUGUAAUGGACAGUCUGUUCUAUUACUGUGUAAUGGACAGUUUUAUAUGGUGUGAGGUGUACGGUUUACCGAUUUUGUCUUUCAAAUUAUCUUAGAACACACGCCUGAUGACGACUAAGUGUUAUAUGCACAAUAUAAUCAAUUCUGAAGAGUAAAACUAAACAUUCUGGUGACUUGUCAUGUAUGAAAAGUUAUCUUUAGAGAGCCUAACUCAGUGCUUCAGCCAGAUUCAGCCAUAUUAGUUUUAAAUGUAUAGAUUGCAUUGACUGGCCAACAUGAACCUGCAGUGUGUCUUAUAUGCUGCCUGUCUGCACAUGCUUUCUGGGAAUCGCCUGUCAAACUGACAUUCUACUUGGUGUCCUUUGUUGACCUGCUGUCAAACAAUCAACUGUCGCUUAUUGUUGCAGUUAACAUUAUCAGACGAACACACAGGUUAUAAUAAUGUGAAAAUGACAAUGCCGUUUUAGUGUAAGCGCCAUUUUGAAAAGACCACCUGAAAUCUCAGCCUGUUUGGUGGGAUAGAGUUUUGGCCUGGCAGUAAAUUAGUUAAGACCAAUAAGAAAGAGUUCCAAUCCUCUCGGCCAAUAACAGCUUGUUUUCAGUUCUCCCCUCCCCAAUCACACCACUGACAGUCCUAGCAAAGAGCAAAUUAGCUGUUUGUUUGACCAUUGUUUAAUUGAAAACAAUCACAGUAACAUACUUGUUACCCAGAAAUGAUUUGAUAACGUCAGCAUUGGACCUUUUAAGAUACAUUCUUCUCUGUGCCUCAAAACUGACUUGUUCUGUGGCCUUACUCAACGUCUGACUGCCAAACGAAUGUGUCUGUCGUGUUGCUUUCAUGUUAUGCUGUCUGAGGAAUGUGUGAGUUUGCAUUUUGUACAGUUGCGAUGUAAUAAAUUGUUUUGCAAGUCA